GAAGCAGCGCAGAUCUGCGGAUGAACAUCUGGGAUAUUUGACUUUACUGUGAAAGAAGCUGAAGAGCGGACACUGGAAGGACUGAGCCUCCUGUUUGAGCAUUUCAGCCUUUUUUCAUUUUUUCACAUUUUUAUUUCUAAUGUUCCAUGUGUGAUGGCUAAUGUGUCAUCUCUUGAUGUGGGAGUUUUGUUUCUAAUUGUGGUGACAGCAUCGGUGACAAACGGUUUUUCAUCCAGUAAAGAUGUAAUCCAGAGGAGGGAGCUGGAGGCGCUCCGACUGACUGCGCCCCUGCCCAUCGCUGCCGCCUCUGCUUCUCCAGCUGGCGAGUCGACGUCCUGCUCCGACUGCGACCCUCCGGGAGCCAGGAGGCGGGCCAAGAGGUGCACAUGUUACACCUACAAAGACAAGGAGUGUGUGUAUUACUGCCACCUGGACAUCAUCUGGAUCAACACACCAGAGCACACAGUUCCAUAUGGUAUUUCCAGUUACCAGGGCUCCCUGCGGAUGAAGCGUUCUGCUGGGAUCGGGCGGGGGAGGGGGGGGUCCGAGGCCCAGCGCUGUGUGUGUGCACUGAGGAGCGACACCGAAUGCAGCAGCUUCUGUACAGACAGGCAGACGAAGCCUAAAACAGACGUGAAAAGAACGACUCAGCACAAGGAAUGAACACACAGUGACUCAUUUCUGAAAAAUGGACGCGUGUUUUUAAUGUGCUCUGUACCUUGUCAUCAGACGGAUGGAUUAUUAACCACCGAGCCGCUCUGCUUGCACAAAAACCUUCAGUCUUUUGAGGUUCCAGCUGAGAUGCUACAACAUGGAGCUGUUGUCCCCCAGCGUGCUGCAUGUGUCUGCUCAGCAGGCGUGGACCAUGUUUUUCAUUAUCUAUCACAACCAAGGAUAGUUACCGUGGCCAGCAGGAGUGAGUGGACCGUGAAAGACUGAGCAGACUGUGUAAAAUCCACUCAUAUGUCGGCGCCCCGUCACAUGGAGGUCAGUUCAAGAGCUGCCGCUGCCGUCGGACUCCAUAACCUCAUCCUGUAUCACUCCAACAUCAGCAGCAGAAGCAGGUCAUGUGACUGUUUCCUCCACCGGGAAAAAACAUUUAACUGCUCUGUCACCGCCUCUGAAACAUCCAAGAUUCGACUUUGGUUUGUAGGUUUCCCCUCAUGAAUGGAAUUUGUUCAUUUCUAACCAUUUUGUGGAGAUGUCAGCAUUUCAGUGGAUUGUUAUAAUUUUCACUGAAGUUUUGGUGGAUUUAACAAACUGGAAAAUGAAAUUGCUUUUCUGGUGUUUCAGUAUUUCUUCUAUCGAGCUGAAUCUAUGCCACUUCUUGUGUAAAUGAAAUGUGUUUCAGUAUAUAUAAAUUAUAUUUUCAUACAAUACUUAUAUGUACAAUAAAGGUUUAUAAUAAGAUGUUUUAUAUAAAAUGAUAUAUCAUGCUAAUCAGCAGUCCUCUACAGUCUCUAGUCAAGCUGUAAUAUGACCAGUACUAUAAUGCAAUGUUAUUUAUCUUUAUUUACUUUUAUGUGUGAUUCAGACAACAACCAGUCAUCUGCACAGACAGAAUUCUAACACUAGUCGCUUUUCCACUGGACAUCUGUGCAAAACUUUACCGAUAUUUACUA